AUGGCCUAUUCGGCGAACAUCGACAUUUUGUGGCGCUUCUCGGAACGUCUGUGCCUAGGACGGUUCGGGGGUGUUACAGCGAGCCUUAAUGUUUUGGCCAUGUGCGACGCUGAUAUGUUGUUUACUUAUUGUUAUGUUGGCAUGGCAGGGUCUGCACAUGAUUCUCGAGUCUUAGCAACAGCGAUACGAGAAGAUCCUAAGUUUCCCACACCUCCAAAAGAUAAAUAUUAUCUUGUAGAUUCUGGAUAUGCCAAUAGCCGAGGUUACUUAGCUCCGUACCGAAAGCAACGUAAUUGUGGUACAAGGUAUCAUCUGCAAGAGUUUUUGAAUGGUGAAGCUCCACGCAAUAGCAAAGAGAUGUUCAACAGAUGGCAUGCAUCCCUCCGUUCUGUAAUUGAGCGCACGUUUGGAGUUUGGAAAAAAAAAUGGAGGGUUUUAAAUGAAUUUCCAAGGUAUGAUGUUUCUGUACAAAGUAGUGUUAUAUUUGCUACAAUGGGACUUCAUAAUUUCAUCCGUCGGAACAACAUUGGAGAUGUUGAGUUUGAGGAAGCAGAACGAGGAAAUGAUGUUCUACAUGGUCAUCAAAAUAUUAUUGAUGAUGCAAACGAUAAUCAAAGUGUUCGAGUUGAAGAAGACACUCAACCAGGAGCUUAUAUGAGGGUUGUUCGUGAUCAAAUAGCUAAGGAGAUUUGGACUGCAAAACAACCCUCAUAUAAGCUCCUGGUUGAGUGUCUUCUUCAACUCGAACACUUUGAUUAUCGUUUGCAUCAUCAAUAA